ACACCUACACCUCAAUCAACUCUCUCUCGUUAAUUAAUUUUAGCAACUCUCUUUCAGAACCCCCAGCAAACAAACAUGGGCUACGGUAGGCUCGAACCGUCCGACCCGGUUGGCGGGCCAUCCAGGCUACAUCCCAACCAACCAGAGCAACCAGCGUCAUCACCCCAACCGCCAAGCAGGAGGAACAAGAUAAUCCUCCUCUCCAUGCUCUCAAUUACGCUGCUCGUCGCGUCCGCCGCCUCCGCGGCUGUCCUGAUCGGGCUCCGGACCCGGGCAUCCGGCCAAUCCGGAUCAUCGGUUCACCGUACUCCGACCCGGGCUAUAUCCAAGACCUGCAGCAAGACCCGGUUCCCGGACCUGUGCGUGAACUCGCUGCUGGACUUUCCGGGCUCGACCAAGGCGUCCGAGCGGGACCUCGUCCACAUUUCCCUCAACAUGACGCUGCAGCACCUGAGCAAGGCAGUGUACAGCUCCUCCGGGAUCUCCUACCUCCAGAUGGAACCACGUGUACGGUUCGCCUUCGACGACUGCCUGGAGCUCCUCGAGGACUCCGUGGACGCGCUGUCUCGCGCGCUGCUCUCCAUCGGGGGCGAGCAGCUGUCCGGUGCGGCCGCUUCCACGAACGACGUGUUGACGUGGCUGAGCGCGGCGCUCACGAACCAGGACACAUGUACGGAGGGACUCGCGGACCUGAGCGGACCCGUGAAGGACCAGAUGGCCGCGAGGCUGAAGGACCUGGCGGAGCUUUUGAGCAACUGCCUGGCGAUAUUCUCUGGGAGCGAUACCAACGACUUCUCGGGGGUUCCGAUACAGAACCGGCGUCGGCUAAUGGAAUCCGAUAUUUCGGAGGAGAAUGCCGGUGGUUUGCCGCGAUGGUUGGGCGAGAGGGAGAGGAAGUUGCUGGGCUUGCCCGUAUCGGGGAUACAGGCCGAUAUAGUGGUGUCCAAGGAUGGGAACGGCACGUACAAGACGAUUGCGGAGGCGAUUAAGAAAGCGCCCGAGCAUAGCAGUCGGCGGACGAUUAUUUACGUGAGGGCAGGAAGGUACGAGGAGGAGAAUCUGAAGGUGGGAAGGAAGAAGACGAACUUGAUGUUCAUCGGAGAUGGGAGGGGUAAAACGGUGAUAUCGGGUAGCAAAAAUGUUCACCAGAAUAUGACGACAUUCCACACCGCUUCCUUCGCGGCAACCGGAGCAGGUUUCAUCGCUCGAGAUAUGACUUUUGAGAAUUCGGCUGGUCCAGGCAAUCACCAAGCAGUGGCGCUCCGAGUUGGUGCUGACCACUCCGUGGUCUAUCGGUGCAAUGUCAUUGGGUACCAAGACACACUCUAUGUUCACUCCAAUCGCCAAUUCUUCCGAGAAUGUGACAUUUAUGGCACAGUGGACUUCAUCUUUGGCAAUGCUGCUGUGGUAUUCCAAAAUUGUAGCCUCUACGCUCGCAAGCCAAUGCCCUCCCAAAAGAACACCAUCACCGCCCAAAACCGAAAAGACCCCAACCAAAACACAGGUAUUUCCAUCCAUGCUUGCCGGAUCCUCGCCGUCUCGGAUCUUGAGGCAUCCAAAGGUAGCUUCCCAACAUAUCUGGGCCGCCCAUGGAAGCUUUAUUCCAGGGUUGUGUACAUGCUAUCCUUUAUGGGUGAUCAUGUACAGCCACGAGGGUGGCUAGAGUGGAAUUCAACAUUUGCUUUGGAUACAUUGUAUUAUGGUGAAUACAUGAAUUAUGGUCCCGGAGCAGCGGUAGGGCAACGGGUCAAAUGGCCAGGGUACCGCGUCAUCACAUCGACUGUGGAGGCGGUCAAGUUCACUGUUGCACAAUUCAUUUCUGGUUCUUCAUGGUUACCCUCUACUGGGGUGGCAUUCUUAGCGGGGCUAGCAGAGUAAAUUACACAAGUGUACCAUAUAUAAUAUUAGUAGGGGAUUGGGAUUUCUUGUUAUUAGAUUGUUUAAAUUUUACAAAAAAUUGGGCAGUUGAGGAGUUGCGAGACUCACUUGUCCUGGGCAGAUAGAUUUUGCAUCUUAAACUGUCUUAAGCAAGUAGACUCGGCAACUCUCUUCUCUUAAAUCGUUGAAAAUUUACACAUUCAAUUAACCUAAUAACAGAAAAUCCUUAUCCAUAUAUUUGGUGAUAAGGUGUUGGCUUAAA